UUUGGGUGUACCGUGUUACGAACUGGUGAUUCUGCAGUUUGUUGUGAUGGUGGAUGCUUUCAUAAACACCACAUUUGCCGCGGAAUAUGGAAUAAAAGAGGGCAGGGUUUUCAUUGGUGAAGAUGACCAACAACGUGAGAUUGACCGGUAUCACAUCGAAUGUCUCAAACAUAUCCUGUAUGACAAGCCUAAAGCGGGAGUUUACUGUAACCGGACAUGGGACGAAAUUGCGUGCUGGCCGGAUACGGAGCCUGGAUCCUAUGCCCAGAUGCCUUGUCCGCACUAUUUUCAUGGAUUCUAUGUUAAUAAUGUUGCCACUAAACAGUGCAUGCCGGACGGUCGAUGGUUUAUACACCCUGUUUUCAACCAGACCUGGACGAACUACUCUGCCUGCUUUGACCAGGAAAUGCUCACUCCAACUUCCACCGUUCCUGAACUAAUCCGGAUUCACAUGAAGAACAUCCGGGUAAUGUACAACAUAGGGUACGGAGUCUCUCUCCUGUCUCUGUCCCUGGCUGUCUUCGUCAUGGCCUACUUCCGGAAGUUGCACUGUCCCCGGAACACGGUCCACGUGAACCUUUUUGUAUCGUUUAUCCUGCGAGCAACGCUCUCCAUCCUUAAGGAAACACUUCUAGUUCAGGGCCUCGGUCUGCGCAAGGAUGUGGAACGUCUUCCGUAUGAAGAUACAGUGCUGUUUAUAACAGAGGGUACGCACUGGGAGUGUAAGUUGUUGUUUUCGGUAUUCUAUUACGUCCUGUCCGCCAGUUACAUGUGGAUCUUCGUGGAGGGUAUACACCUACACACUCUCAUCAUAGUGUCUGUCUUCUCCGAGCGGAGCAGCAUCAAAUACUACGUCAUACUCGGCUGGGGUUCGCCCUUUUUAUAUAUCAUUCCAUGGGUUGUCGUCCGGAUCACCAAAGAAAAUAUCCUAUGCUGGAAUACAAACCCAACUCAUGGAUAUUUCUGGAUCAUUAAAGGCCCGCUGGUAUUGAGUAUUAUGAUCAAUUUCAUUCUAUUCCUGAAUAUCCUUCGAACAUUAUUUACCAACAUGAAAAGUCCGAAAUCCCAAUCAGCGAAACGGCAUAAGUUCAGACGAUUGGCGAAAGCUACACUGGUCCUUAUUCCGCUGUUUGGAAUUCAUUAUAUAGUAUUCAUCGGCUUUCCUGACCAGCUAGAACCGGAAACGGAAGUGGUGAAACUUUACUUUGAGAUGUUUUUCAACUCUUUUCAGGGAUUAGUGGUUGCUAUAUUGUUCUGCUUCAUGAAUGGAGAGGUGCAAAUGGAAUUAUUGAAACGAAUAUGUCGAAAGCGUGCAUAUCUUCAGUAUCAGCGCUAUUAUCGCGCAUCGCUCAACCCUAACUCAUCGAAGUGCGCAUGCCAGUGUCACAAAAUCGAGAAUAACGGCAUGACGGGAAAUUCUCGACAGAGUUUGUACGACAGUGAUGGAGUACAGCGACACUACUCGGACGGUUACCAGAACCGGAGGACGAACUCCUGUAUAUGUAAAUGGCACGUUGAUUCGAACGGCCACUUACUUAGAUAUAACUCCGCAAAUAAGGACAGGAGAUCCCUAGUACAGUAUGACCUACGCCGAGCAGACAGCUGUAUUUGAUAUUUA